GGACGCUGGAAGUGGUACAACGUUAUCUUUAGACCAGUAAACAAAGCUUACUGGGCACCAAUGUAUCAACGUUUUAGCUAUUUUUUUUAUAUUUAUUGUGUAUAGGCUACGUACCUUUCACCGCGUUUUAUGAAAGUCUAUUUUAAGUAUUUCACACCUCCUUUUAAAGGCUUACAAUGUUAAACCACAUACCCUGGAUUAAUAUGCCAGUGCGGACUGCCAUUGCAAUCUGGCACCAGCUGACCAAGUAUGAGAUCCCUGACUUGGCCAAGUCCUCAGUGCUGAUGAGGGACCGUAGCAGAGUUGAAGAGACCAUACAGGCCAUGCACAGAGCUGGACCCAGCACCCUCCAGGUGAUCUCUGACUUUGAUAUGACAUUAACCAGAUUUGCUCACAACGGUAGGAGGUGUCCCACCACUCACAAUAUCUUGGAUAACAGCUUCAUCCUCAGUGAGGACUGUAGGAACCAGAUGAGGGAGUUAUUGAACACCUACUACCCUAUUGAGAUUGAUGCUGCCCGCACCGUUAAAGAGAAGCUGCCCCUCAUGGUGGAAUGGUGGACCAAAGUACACGAGCUGCUUAUCCAGCAGAAGAUCCGGAAGGACCUGCUGUCCCAGGUUGUGAAAGAGUCUAGCGCCAUGCUCAGGGAGGGCUACAAGGGGUUCUUUGACCACCUGCAGGAGCUGCAUGUGCCUCUGUUGAUCUUCUCAGCUGGAGUAGGAGACAUCCUGGAGGAGGUGAUCAGACAGAACCAGGUCUUCCACCCCAACGUUCACAUCAUGUCGAACUACAUGGAUUUUGAUGACUGCGGAAUACUGCAGUCCUUCAAGGGCCAGCUGAUUCACACCUUCAACAAGAGGGAGGGUGCCCUCCUCCACACGGCACACUUCCUGGAGCUGAGGGAUCGCCCCAACGUGCUGCUGCUGGGGGACUCUCUGGGAGACCUCACCAUGGCGGACGGAGUGGCCACUCAGCACAUCGUCACUAUUGGCUUCCUCAACGACCAGGUGGAGGAGAGGAAGGAGUCUUACAUCAACUCCUACGACAUUGUCGUGGUGAAGGAUGAAACCAUGGAUGUCCCCAACGCUGUCCUCAACUACAUCACCACCGGCAAGUGAGGAAAUGGUGUGACAGGUCAAGCAUGGAUUACUUCCUGUUUGCAUAGGGGUGCCCCAUUCUUGUGACACCCGUCACAAGAAUGGGGCAUUCGGCUAGUUCUACACGGUUGCUCCACAACGCUGUAUGCUGGAGCACCCUCAAUUACCUCAACCAGUUAAAAGCUAUAUAAAAAAAAGAUGUUUACUGUCACUGUAUGAUUGGAGUCCUACCAACAUUUCUUGUAAAUCCCAAUGUUGGUAUCCAGCUAUGUUUUUUUAAUGCGUUGGUACAGCAUCUCUACAUCUCUAAGUUCUCAAUGGAGAACUUAUAGAUGAGCUUACCCUUCACUAAAAUGCAUUUAGUCACAGAAGAACCUCAAAAUGUAAGAUGUUAUUUAAUAGGGGUGGGGAAUCUUUUGGUACCUCAUGAUUCGAUUCGAUUCUUGGGGUCACGAUUCGAUUUUUAAUCACAUUUCGAUUCAAUAUAUGCUUACAUA